UAUACGCUUAAACUAUUUGUACACAAACAAGAACAUGUGCUCCCAUUCGACACAGACAUAAAGCCAAUGAUAAAUAUUCAGAUAAGGCGAUCGGAGUACAAUAAAAGGAGCGAACAUCUUAAUCACCCACUCACUCGGCUUGGAUCACAUAAUAAUAUCAUGUUAUCAUGUUGUGAUUCGAUCCGACGAGUUAACAGUGUUCAAACGGAAGUUAGCGUAUGAAGACGUCUUCGUUUUGUUCACCGGCUACAACAGCGGUCGACGGUUUCGUAAUAUUCCGCGGGAACAUAAUAUUAUUUAAUAUAUUAUACGUAUUUUUUAUUAUUGUAUAAUUUUCAAUUUUUUUUUUUAUCGUUUUAAACGUGUUGUAUUUACUCAGCUGGUACCUACACGAAAUACUAUUCGGUAGAACCCACGUGGACGAUUUUCCGAUUCGUAAACGUUUUUCGUACUAGUCUCGGCGGUGGUUUUCAGAAAAUUCCGUUCAAAGUAAUUAAUCCUCGAUUAUAAAUAAACACCGAGGUGACAUUUACCUACCACUAUGAAAUUUAAUUCACGACACAUUUCUCAGAGAUGGGUGAUGGCCGUGAUGGGGAUGAUGGGCGUGACAAUGGCAUACGUGAUGCGAGCCUGCUUGGGCAUAACGCUCACGCAAAUGGUCAGGCCCGUGGUGGUGGUAGUGGAUGGAGGUGCAAGAUCCGUUCGUCACGACUAUUGCCCAAUGCCACAGUCGUCGUCACAUGGUCACUCUAAGUCCAACCGGACAGUAGUAGUCGAGGACGUGUUCAAGAACCGAUUCGAUUGGGACGAGAAGACGCAAGGUGAGAUCCUGUCGUCGUUCUACUACGGAUACAUACUCACGCACUUACCCGGCGGCGUCUUAUCCCAGAGGUUCGGUGGCAAGUAUACGAUGGGAUUAGGAAUACUGUCCACUGCAAUCUUCACGCUGAUGACUCCGUACGUAGCGUACAUGGGUUCCAGGCCACUGACAAUUCUGCGGUUCGUCGAAGGACUUGGAGAAGGAACUACCUUCCCGGCUCUCUGCACUCUCCUGGCCCAGUGGGCUCCACCAGAAGAAAAGGGAAAGCUCUCCACGCUGGUGUUUGCAGGUGUGCAAAUCGGUAAUAUUUUUUCAAACUUCUUGAGUGGUUUCAUCAUACAAUACAUACCCGGUGGUUGGCCUAAUGUAUUUUACUUCUUCGGUAUAACCUCGUUGAUUUGGUUCGUGCUGUGGUGCAUAUUCGUUUACAAUGACCCAAACUCUCAUCCGUUUAUAUCAGACAUGGAGCGUGACUAUUUAAAACAGUCGAUCGGAAGCCUAGAAAGGAAAAAGGACUUGGCCCCCACACCAUGGAAAUCCAUAUUAACGUCGUGGCCAGUAUGGGCACUAAUUAUCGUUGAAGCAGGACAUGACUGGGGUGGUUUCACAAUUAUCAGCGAUCUCCCAAAAUAUAUGAGUGACGUUUUACACUUUUCGAUUACUGAGAACGGUUUAUUGUCGUCCAUCCCAUACAUCGCCCAAUGGGUUACGUCGAUCUUAGCUAGCAUAUUGGCCGACCGGCUGAUAAGCAAAAGAAUAAUGAGUGUAACUGCGGUCAGAAAAGUUUACGCUAUUAUAGGAACUGUUGGACCUGGUAUGGGUGUGAUGUGUGCUUCGUUUGUUGGAUGUGACAAAAUGAUCGCCACUCUGUGUUUUACUUUGGGUAUGGCAUUAAUGGGAUUCUGUUAUCCCAGCAUUCGUAUCAAUUCACUCGACUUAUCACCCAAUUAUGCUCCUACCAUCAUGGCACUAGUCAACGGUAUUGGUUGCUUAUCAGGAAUGGCCACUCCAUACGUCGCCGGAAUUCUCACACCAAACAGAACCGUCUUAGAGUGGCGUCUUGUAUUUUGGAUUAUGAUGAUAGUCAUGACAGCAUCAUCUGUGGUGUAUGGGCUAUUUGGAUCCGGCGAGUUGCAACCAUGGGACGACUUGGAACAAUAUUAUCUAAAAGAAAAAGAAAAAGCAAAGAGGGGGUUACCUAUGGACGAAAGAUUAAGUAUAAUUUAUUCAAAAUCCAUAGAAGAUGGAAAAUUGAUAAAUAAUUAGAAACCUGACUACCUAAUAAUACGAACGAUACUAUC